AUCCUCUACUCAGACAGCGAAGGCAGGAUGGCUCGAGGGCUGAUGACCCUCUCUGGCUGCUGCCUGGCUGAUGCCUAUUUCGGGUCCACUCACGGGCCAAGUGCUGCAGCUCCACACUCGCGCCACGCUUCUCCACCUCGGCCAUUCUUUGCCAAAGGCCGAGCGCGGUGGGCCUUGAGUCCGGCGCUCGGCUUUACGCUUCAUUACCUUCGCCGUUUAUAGGACCUGAUCUUCCUCACCCAGAGUUCCUUCCUUUCUCACCUCAAAGUAUCAUUCUUACUUCAACUUACCUCAAUCAUCAUGUCGGUCCCCACUCAAAUGAAGUCGAUGCGCACUCAGGCUGACCAUAAGGUCGGCGUAGAGACGGUAGACGUACCCAAGCCUCAAGCCAACGAGGUACUGGUCCGCGUCAAGGCUGUCACCCUCAACCCUACCGACUGGAAGUCCGCCCGGAUGUUGGCGGCGCCCGGAAACGGCGUUGGAUGUGACGCCUACGGAGAAGUUGUUUCUGUCGGCUCAGACCUUGCUGUGCCGCUCAAGGUUGGUCAGCACGUAGCCUACUUCGAGAUGGGCUCCUUCAAUUCGCCACGCACCGGUACCUUCAGCGAGUACUCCCUCACUCAGUCUGACAACGCUAUCAUUGUGCCUGAAGGCUACGACCCAUACGAGGCGGCAUCGUGGGGUAUCGGCGGUCUCACUGCUGUUCAGACUCUCUUCGACAAGCUAGCCAUCAAGAAUAUCGACAACAAGAUCAGCUCUCUGCCCAGCGUCUCCGCCGACUCACCUCAGCUGCUAGUCUGGGCCGCCUCAACUUCCGUCGGUCAAUUCGCAGUGCAGCUCGGUCGCGUUGCCGGCUACCACGUCAUUGCUACUGCCUCGGAGAAGAACUGGGACUACCUGAAGUCCCUCGGAGCUGCAGACCUGUACGACUACAAGGACGACAAGACCCCCGCUGCUAUUCACGAAAAGUAUCCCAAGCUAGGUCUGGCUCUCGACUGCUUCAGCGAAAAGGGAUCUACAGUCGCCGUCGCCAAGUCGCUCGGCGAGGACGCACCAAAGGGUAGCAAGGUCUGCUGCAUUUUGCCAGCCGACAAGGCCGCCAAGCAGAUCCGACCCGAUGUGGAGUUCAUCACUUCCCUCGUCUACACCACCCUGGGUAGGGAAUUCAAAUUUGGCGGCUGGCCCGUCAGCAAGGAGGAACUAGCUGCAGACAAGAAGUUCAUCAAGCCAUGGGUCGCUGGUCAGGAUUCUAUUGCGCACAACUUGAUGGCCAAGAAGCUCGUCAGGGGUAACAAGAUCAAGAAGAUGGAUGGUGGUAUUGAUGCCAUCGAGAAGGGCAUGGACUUCCAGCAAAGUGGGCAGGUGUCAAUGGAGAAGCUGGCAUAUGACAUUGCUUGAACGGUAGUUGGAGGUGUUCAGAAUAAUAUGAUACGGGAAUAAAUGAUAAAUACUGAAGAAAUCUACAUUUCUACCGAGCAAUCUUUUGGUAUUGGCGCCUGCUGCUGAUGCUUCGGGCCGGACGGGCCGGACUGUGGAAAGUCUCCCUCUUAUCUCAGCUUUGAUGCUUCUCGGACCACUGCUUCAAUGUGACGUCGGCACA